AACUAUGCAUCAAGUUUCAUGGUUAGUAUAUACUAUUUCUUAACAUUACUAUUGGCUUGUUUGAUGUUGUGAAUGAUGUUAUUUGGAGGGUAAUUUGUUUGCAGCUGCACAAAUAACGGAACGUCAAAUGCUGCUGUCACCGAAAUCGAAACUUCAGAAUUGGUCUCGACCGAAAGUUUGAUCACGUUGGAGGAAAAUACAAUUGAAUCCGAAAGUAUGGAGGAUUCUUCAGUUAUUCAGCAAGAGACGCUCGUCGACGACACUGAGGAAGAAAGCAAUGAAAUGACAGGUGUUUAUGGAGAUAUUCAAGAGCUUUCAGAGCCGGUAGGUGAGAAUGAAAACAAUCCAGUGGAUGAUGCCCAUAACGAGAGACUUGUCUCUUUACAGAUGGAAUUCAUCGAAAUAAUGGUAGUCGAUGAAGCACCUCAUGUAGAUGCAGAGCAGCCGAUACCGCAAUCGUCUUCGCCGUCGAAACAAGAAGAGAAAUCAUCAAUUUCAGAAGGGGAACAACAUAAACAAGAAGAAGAAGAAAACUCGCUCAUGCAAUCAUCAUUUCCACCACCAGAAGCAGCAGCAGUCGAAGAGGAAGAAAAUUCACAAAUGAGACCGACUUUUUCAUUACUUGGUGAGGACGAUUCAUCAAAGGAAUCAUCAUUUCCAACAGAAGAAGAAGAAGAUUCGACCUUGCAAUCAUCAUUUUCAACUGAGGCAGAAGAGGAUGGGAAUGGUGAGAAUGCUGCUGAGUUAGAUGAAGAGAGCUCAGAAGGAACACGAAGCUCUUCCCAAGAACCUAACAUGGAGGUGAUUUGGCCAGCAGAGAUUAUGACUUUCAUCUCAUCUGCACCCAAAGAAAUCGAUCUCAGCCAUCUAGAAUCCGAAAUGAAAGCCAUUGAGGAUGGCAAACCGAACAAGGGAGAACCAUAUUAUGAUUCUGCUAGAGACAACAACAAAGAAACUGGGGAGCCUGCGGUCAUGGAUGUUCGAAAACAACAUACAGAAAACCGGCAGACAUGGUUUUGGUUAGGUUUGGUGGUACUGGUGCUAGCUUUGCUUGCCAAUUGCUUACUCCAACCUAAUUAUCUCUCUAACACUGUUUCUUUUGUUUUUCUCAUGAAAUAA